GGGUUUUAGAAGGAAGCAAUGCUCCAGCAGCGGGUGAAUGCGCUCACGGGGGAGAGCGAAUGGAUUCUCGUUGGCGAUGGAGGCGACGGCGGCGAUGCGAGCGAUCCCCUGGCAGAGAGCUCGUAUCUUGACAUGCUGAAUGAUCGCGCCAGGAACAGGGCAUUCUCUUCAGCAAUCGCGAAGCUCGGCCGCCAUGGCCAUGUCCUGGACAUUGGUGCUGGCACUGGGCUCUUGUCGCUCAUGGCUUGGCGGGCAAUGGAAGAGCAGUGCCAGGUGACUGCUUGCGAAUCUUUUCUUCCAAUGUACAAGCUGGCUCGCAAAGUUUGCCGAGACAAUGGGACGAUGGGAGCGAUCAAGCUGCUCCAUAUGGGCUCGGAUGAGAUCAAAGUCGGGGUGGACAUCUCUAGCAAAGCCGAUGCAUUGGUACGCUAAGUCUGUACACGUUCUUCUUCUUCGUUUCCUCUGGACUCUUUGUCUCUCCAGGUGUGUGAGAUUUUAGACUCGGAGUUGCUUGGAGAAGGGAUCAUUCCAAGUCUAAGGCACGCUCAUGAGCAUUUACUCCGGCCUAAUGCUGCCACAGUGCCAUAUCGAGCUACUGUGUAUGCCCAGUCGAGAGCGACUUUCUCUGGAGAUUGCACGACCUUCAAGGGGUAGAAGACCGGCUGCAGGACGGAUUGGCUUUCGCUCCCAAUGAUUUCUACUCUUACUUCAAGCACAGACAGCAUGCGUUUCGCGUUGAUGAAAUCCCCGCUUUCCGAGCCGUUUGAGGCCUUCGUUCUUGACUUCUAUAGAGCUCCAGAUGUGCGUGGAGAAUUUAAUCAAGCCGUGCAUGUCAACUUCUCUGGGACUGCUCACGCAAUAGUUUCAUGGUGGGUGCUGCAGCUUGACAAAGAUGGCCUGGUUUGCUACUCAACUGCUCCUCGUUGGAUCAGAGGGGCAAGCGAGUGGUGUGACCAUUGGAAACAAUGUGUGUGGUUUCUUCCUGGACAAGGUGUUUCGGUGGAGGAGCAGUCGGAGCUUCGCGUCGUAGUCAGCCAUGAUGAAGCGUCAGUGCGGUAUGACAUCAAUGGUGGUGUAUGCUGUAAUAGUUCAGCGUCUGGUUUCGAGCUGAGCCUACAAAGGUGUCGCAUGCUUGGUGACGGUAGCAGGCGUUCUAUCAUACAGUCUGCCAUUCAGAAAGCUCUUGGAGAACGAGAACUUGGAAACUGUCUCAUUCGGGAUGACGGCCUGAUGAGCGCCGUGUGUGCUCUAUCUACACCGCAUGGAUCCUGCCAUGUGGCUGGCUUGUUUCCAGGCUGUAGAAGAGAUGGCUUGAAGUACUUGGAGAGCGUCGCGAGCAAGCUGUCUACUAUACACAAAGACGUCAAGCAUCUCACUGGGGACGAUUUCAAGGGGCAUAAAGUGGAUGUUCUUCUAGGGGAGCCUUAUUACGCCACGUACGAGCAUGCGUUGCCGUGGAAGCAGCUUCGGUUUUGGUACGAGAGAACGACGCUAAGUCCGUUGCUAUCAGAGAACCCUAUUAUAGUUCCCUGCUUUGGAAUUCUCUAUGGGAUGGCUUGUCAUCUUCCUGAUUUGUGGCAAAGCCGCUGUCGCCUUGAAGAAGUCGAUGGCUUUGAUCACAGGUCAUUGACAAAACCGUUUUCGCUGCUCGAGUUCAACAUGCGUGAGGAAAUUCAGAGUCUAAGUGGAUUUGCAAAGGUUAGCGUUGUAAAGACUGGGCUCUGCCAUGGAGUUGUCCUGUGGAUGGACUGGGUGAUGGAUCCCGAGAACAAGGAUUUGGUACUUUCAACGGGACUUAUAAAUCCAAGUGGGUAA